UUGAUUUUGCUGUCAAUGUACACAAAUUAAACUCUUACUUUAUGAGCCCUUCCCAUGCUAUAUUUACCUACUUCUCACUUCAUUCCAUAUCCUCAAUUUGUUUAUAAACUUUUUUAGUUCAACUCUAAGUCACUCUUAGCCUUGUCCUAGAACAAAGAUAAGUUCCAAACCUCCAAUGCCAUGUUUCAACUCUAAGUAAUGUGUUAUAUGUACUAACAAACCAUAUUUUCUUAGCUUAUUCUUGCCUCCCAAAGAACCAGAUAAAGCAACAUGAAAUGUGUAUUCUUAUAGCAACCUAACACCCAAGGGAAGUAGGCAACCAAACUACCCCAUAUUCUUUCUUGAUUUAAAGAACUAGAAUCUUGAUUUUUUCCUUCGAUGGACUCAUUCAAGCAAACAUCAACAGGUUUUCUAUACAACUCUAAUUUAAGUACAGAUUCAGAAUCUGAACUCUCAGGAGUACUUGAAAUUCAUGUCCACCAUGCUAGGAACAUUCACAAUAUCUGUAUCUAUAACAAUCAAGAUGUGUACGCCAAAUUUUCACUUACGUACAAUCCUGAUGAAGCUAUAUCAACAAGGAUCAUAAAUGGUGGUGGCAAGAAUCCAGAUUUCAAUGAAGAUUUAGCGAUGAAAGUUUCCCAAGUUGAUUCCAUCCUCAAAUGUGAAAUUUGGAUGCUCAGUAGAGCCAAAGCCUUGAUGGAAGAUCAACUCUUGGGAUUUGCUUUAGUUCCUAUUUCUUCAGUUGUUGGCAAAGGAAAAAUCACUCAAGAUUUUAGCCUUUCUUCAACUGAUUUGUUUCAUUCCCCUGCUGGUAUAGUUAAAUUGUCCCUUUUCUUGAAUACCAACAACCUCAUUUCAGUAUCGAACAAUCCUUCGUGUUCACCAUCAUCUUCUUCUUCUAUAAGUUCAGAAGUUGUGUUACUAGACAGAAAUACAUCUCAAGUUAUUCUUGAUCCAGUUGAGUAUUCAAGAAUUGAGUUCCCUGAGAUCAGUUUAGUUCAAGAGAAUCAAGAAAUGGUGUCUCAAUAUUUUGACUUAGGAGGUUCAUUUCUCCAACUUUCUGCAUUCCACAGUCAUUAUCAUGAUGAUCAACAACAACAGCCACAAGAUGACUAUGAAAUGGCUGCAAUUAAUCCAUCAGAAGAUGAUGAAUCAAAUAUUUCUCCCAAACAAAAUUCUUGGUUCCUUAGCUCCUCAAUGACAAGUUCUCUAAGUGAUGACAGGAACUCAGCAGAUUCUUCACCAGAUAAACAGAUCAAUGAUAACAAAAAGGACUCAAUUAAGAAAGAAGAUGAAGAAUUGAAAGAACCCCAUGUGGUUUUUACAGCUCCAUUAGGGAAUAUAAUCAAGAUUGAUGCAGAACAAUCAGGUAUGCAACAGCAGAUAGUGGAUAUGUACAUGAGAAGUAUGCAGCAGUUUACCGAGUCAUUAGCAAAGAUGAAGCUUCCACUGGACUUGGAUAAAGCUGAUCAGAAAGAUCAUGGAAGCUCAUCAUCAGAUAUGAACAACAACAGGAAAGAAAAUUCAAGAGUAUUUUAUGGUAGCAGAGCCUUCUUUUGAACUAUGUCUCAUCAUGGUAUUCAAUAUCUGGUUUUAGCACUGUUUUGGUCAUCAUCUUCUCCUGUUCUGCUUAGAAUGACAUAACAAAAGUAACUUUAUAGUAGUUAUUCCCAUAAGAGAAUUGCUCUCAUUAGCCACAAUUCCAUAUGUGAUUUUGAUUUAAUUUUACUUGCAACUGAAUUAUGUAUGUAAAAGUGAAUUAUUCAUGAAGAUGAUAUCACCAUUGAAAAUUGUUGAAGGAA